UAUCUUUGUUACCUCACUCGGGAGAGGGUUUGUCCUACAAUUAGAAAAAUAGAGGAUAAUGGCUGCUAGCAGCGGAUACGGCACUGAAAGUUUAACAGAAUCUUUAGCGACAACAUCAAUAACACCACAAUUUGUGUCCUGUAAAUCACAUCAAAUUACCACGAUCAAAUACAACUUGGAAGGAACACAAAAUAAUAAAGAUGUCGGCGAGACAAGUCUCAAUAGUAAAUUACUUGUUCAUAUCUUAUCACACCAGGAGUGUCUCAAGUCAGUAAAUGGAAAGCUUAAAGAUAAUCUAAAAAUGUCAAUACACAAGAUUCCUGGUGACUUCAGCGCCUUAAAGGUGACUAUGGAACACGGUGUGAAGGAAAACUUGAAAUUAGAAGAAAUGUAUAAUGUCAUAGAUGAGUUUUGCAGGGAACAUUUAAAAAUAAUUAAACACGACAUUGAUGAAGAAAACUUUUCUUUUGGAGAUUUAAAGCUUGGUAAAUUUCUUCAAGGAAUGGAAGACCCUCAUUGCGUUUCAAUUUUCUUUGACAAAAAAUUGUUCCUGGCUGGACAUGAAGCUGAUAUUGUGGUUUUUGAGAGGGACAUAUUAUCCUCUAUUCUGAAAGAUCAAGUCGUUCGAGAUUCAUUCAGCAUUGAACAAGAACAAGUUACAUACCUGAAAGUCAUGCAUUAUCGUGAAGAAAUAUCGAAGGAAUUUUCUGUUGACGUAGUCUUUGAAGAGGAAGGGGAAUCAGGCAUUGUGGCAUUACAUGGGCUUAGAGAAGAUGUCGUAAAUGUGCAGAGAAACAUCAGUCGUUGUCUACAGAAUUAUCAUAAGCGCUUCUGGGCCAGACCAUUAAAAAGAAAUGAGCAAUGCCUUGUACAAGAAAAAGAAGUUAAACGACACCUUAAACAGGUUUUCAAGAAACAUAAAUGUCCAUAUUUUAUCCCCGAUGAUUGCUUAAGCUUGUAUGUUACAAGCAAAAUAAGUGACAUGGACAUCCUGAAAGAAAAGUUGGAGAAUGAAUUGUUUGUUGAGAUGAACCAGAGUCUAAGUAAAGUAGAAAAGGUCCUUUUCGAAUCAGAGCAAUGGGUGGAGCAUUAUAACAUUCUGCGUACUAAUACAAAAAAGCAGGUGAUUAUAACAGUCGAGGGAGAUGCACUUCUUGUUACUUGUUUACCACAGGUACAAAUUCAAGUACAAAGCUGUUUGGAGGGCUUUUUAGGAGAAAGGAUAAAAUCUGAAAUGAUGGAAUGGGGGUGCUCUGUGGAGGCAAAGGAAAUGGCUCAGUAUGUAAAACGAGAAAAGGUUUUUCAAAUCAUGAACACAAUGGAAGAUUCUAUUAAAGAAAUAUCUAUGGAGGAUGAUGGUAUUCGUUUAAAAGGCACCAAAAUCGGUAUAGAAAAAUGUAAACAAGAGCUUAAAACGUUUAUAAGCAAUGUCAAAUAUAAAAGAGGGGCAUUUGCUGUAGCUUCUCAGGAAGUUGUUAACCACUUUUUAACGCCAGGAGGGAAAGGACAACUUCAGGAAAUAAGGAGAGAGACUCGUAGUGUUAUUCACUUGACAAAUUUCUGUAAAAUCAAGGUGGAACAAGGAAAUAUAGCAGAAGAUGACGUAGACGUCAUUGUAAACUCUGUUAAUAUAGAUACUUCGUCUACAGUAGCACAGUCUACUGUUGCAAAAGCUAUAUUCGAGAAAGGAGGAGAUGAGAUUCAAAACAGGCUUGUCCAGAAGACGAGUGGAAGAAUGCAAUAUGGAGACGUCGUGGAAACAGAGGCAGGAGGACGUCUACUCUGUAAAGUUGUGUAUCAUGCAUGUCUGCCAGCAUCUACAGAUCAAUCCCAAAAGGAGGUUAAGGACAUUGCUAUGGAAUGUUUGAAGAGAGCCGGAGGAGAUCGUCACACCUCUAUAUCAUUUCCGGCUCUUGGGACUGGGACCUAUGGCUACCCUCCAGAUAGUGCUGCCAAAGGCCUGCUUGAUGCUAUCGUAGAAUAUACUAGAAAUACGCCCUCGCUGCUGGAGAAAGUUACAAUUGUUUUAUUUGCAGAAUCAAAAAAAUCUGUCAAAGAGGCUUUUCAACAAGAAUAUCAAAGACGAUGUCUGGUGGAGUCUGGAUCUACCAUUUUGACAUUGGAGCGGGGAUAUAUUGCAUCUGGAAAAUUUACAGUUGUCUCGGAGUCGGAGCCGAACCUCCAAGAAGCAAAGAGACGCAUUGAUGAGCUGAUUGCGACGAUUCUAAGAAAUCCACAAAUCUAAUAUCGAGUUUCUUUCAUCAAUUUAGUGAUAAUUUUGGCAUGAACUCAUUCUAUUUUUCAGAAAGGGGCAAAAUCAUUUUCUUUUUUGAUCCUUAAUUAAUUGUGGGUUUUUCAAGCAUCUUGC